GUGAUAUUCUCACGUGCAAGGCACGAGGACAAUAGAUACAAAAGAAUUGCCUAUAAGUUUCCUUGGCGCAGACCCAGGUACAUUUCAUUUCCCGCCCUGCAUAUUUCCCGCUUCCAUAGCAAAACCCUAAUCUCCAAAAAUGAGUAACAAGCUCUCCUCCUCCUCCGACGAUCUUCUCCCCGAGAGAAAACGUAAACGCCCUAAUGCAGUCAACUCGAUCGAUGAUGGAAUCGAAGCUAAUGAGUGUAUCGAAUUUUAUAUGGUGUCUAGCAAAGAUGAAGUGGAUUCUCCUAGCAGUUUCAAGUUUGUACCAGUUGACCUUAAUGCAUUUUUCGAAGAAGACGGGAGAAUACAUGGUUACCAGGAUUUGAAGAUCACUGUUUGGAUUAGCAGCAUAUCGUUCCGUGCGUACGCUGACAUUUCGUUUAAGAGCAAAUUAAAUAGAGGCAAGGGAAUAACAGAUCUGAAGUCUGCUUUUCAGAGUAUUUUAGCUGACAAUUUAGUUGAGGAGAAAGACGACUUUCUUCAAACAUUUUCAACAGAAUGCGACUAUGUAAAAUCCGUUGUCUCCGAGGCAGAAGUAUUACCAAAAAAUACAGCUAAUGGUUGCACAGGAAACUCCAGUUAUAUGAAGGAAGAACCUGCUGAUGUUGAGGUUUUCCGGGUUAAGGGUACUGAGGUUGGGCACCUCUACUGCCGAUUGGUGCCUCUUGUUCUUCUUCUAAUUGAUGGUAGCAACCCUAUCGAUAUAACAGAUCCAAGUUGGGAAAUCUAUAUAACAGUGCAGAAAGGCCAACAAGAUAGUAGCAUGAAAUUGCUCGGUUUUGCAGCUGUUUAUCGUUUUCACAAAUACCCUGAUAGCAUGCGGCUUCGCCUUGGUCAGAUACUGAUUCUGCCUCCGUACCAGCGAAAGGGUUACGGUUGUACUCUUCUCAAAGUUAUCAACAAUGUUGCAAUAUCGGACGACAUUUAUGACCUGACUAUUGAAGAACCGGUGAAAUCCCUUCAACACGUGAGGACCUGUAUCGACGUGCAGCGCCUACUAGCUUUCGAGCCAAUCCAUGAAGCCCUCGGACCAAUCAUUUCACAACUAAGAAACGGUGACCUGUCGAAGAAAAGCAAGGCGCACCGAUGUGGGCCCCCUGCAAAUAUUGUUGAAGACGUGAGGAAAAAUUUGAAAAUUAACAAGAGACAGUUUCUGCAGUGCUGGGAGGUAUUAAUCUAUGUUAGUUUGGGGGCCGUUAAAAAACACAUUGAGAAUUGGAAGACGGUCAUUUCGAACCGCGUGAGGGCUGAUGUAAUUGGGAAAGAAUCUGAAGGUGCUGGGAAGCGUUUAAUCGAUAUCCCGACUCAGUUUGAUCAGAGAAUGUCGUUUGCGAUGUUUAAAUCGAAUGGUGGUGAAUCUGAUAUGUUAAUGAAGGAUGAAAAUCAGGGCAAUAUAGAGGAGGAGCUGAGGAAGCUAGUGGAUGAAAGGAUUACUGAGAUCAAAGCAGUGGCGAAGAAGUUGUCGGUGAAGAAUAAAGCUAAAUAGGGUUUUAUUCUGGUUGUUUUUUAAACUGACAAAAACAUGGUGGUUGAGUUAGUGUUGUCAAAGAAGAAUGUAUAGACUGUGAUGAGUUGAAUUUCUAUGUACCUGUGAGGUUUAGAUAUUGUCUAUGGUUAAUUAGUGGAGCUUAACCAUAUGAUUAUUUUGUUCUUUGUGGCCUAAUUGAGUUUAAAUCAUUUGCUAAGUGCAACUCG